UAAAUACUUGUAUUGUUUUUAUUUGACUGUGGCAUCGGGCGCGUUAGAAAUGUCCCGCUGGCAUCAACACUUGGACCCGGUGGUCAUUCUUCCGCGAGUCCUUGAACGCAGCAGAGGGACGUCGUCACGGUGCGCAUGCUCAGUGGAGUGGCGCCAAGCAGCUCGCGGAUGAGGUGUGCGGGUAAAGCAGUCCGGUUAACUGCUAACUUUAGCACGUGUCACCGGUUUGAACGGGUCUGACAGUUAACCGGAGCUGACGCUGCUGCUGGUUUAAGCUAGGAGACGCACGAUGGCUUCACUAACCCUGAAGGGGGUCACCGUGAACUUCCCGUUCCCCCCCUACGACUGCCAGAAGGACUACAUGAGCAAAGUGAUUGAAUGUCUUCAGAGGAAGGUGAAUGGGGUCCUGGAGAGUCCCACAGGUACUGGUAAAACCCUGUGCCUGCUGUGUGCCACCCUGGCCUGGAGAGACCACUUCAAGGACACCAUCUCUGCCCGCAAGAUAGCAGAGAGGCUGAGCGGCGAGGAGAUGUUCCCAAACGCCACGCUGUCAUCGUGGGGGACGGCUGCUACAGACGGAGACACGCCAAGCUACUACACUGAUGUUCCCAAGAUCAUAUACGCAUCCAGGACGCACUCUCAGCUCGCACAGGUUAUCGGCGAGUUGAAGAACACCUCGUACAGUCCAAAGGUGUGUGUGCUGGGGUCAAGAGAGCAGCUGUGUAUCAACCAGGAAGUGAUGCGUCAGGAGAGCAACCACGUCAAGGUCCACAUGUGCAGAGGCAAAGUUUCCACCCGGUCAUGUGUCUACUACAAUAACGUCGAAGAGAAGAGCACCGACAGAGACUUGGCGAGCUCUAUCCUCGACGUGGAGGACUUGGUCAAAUUCGGCAACAAACAGAGGGUCUGUCCUUACUACCUCUCCCGGUCCCUGAAGCAGCAAGCAGAUGUCAUCUUCAUGCCGUACAACUACCUGCUGGAUCCCAAGAGCCGCAGGGCGCACAACAUCGAGCUAAACGGAGCUGUGGUCAUCUUUGAUGAAGCUCACAAUGUGGAGAAGACGUGCGAAGAAUCAACAUCCUUCGACCUGACUCCCUACGAUGUGGCCUCGGCCAUCACCGCCGUGGACAGGCUGCUGGUGGAGCAGGCGAAAGAAGUCGGCCGCGGAGACUCGGCCGCUGAAGAGUUCAGCGUAGGAUCCCUCAACUCCGGUUUAAAAAUGGAAAUCGAAACCAUCGCUAAAAUUAAAAAGAUUCUGCUGGAUCUGGAAGCUGCCAUCGAUUCCUACGAGCUUCCAAGUGACCGAGGCAUCACGAAGCCUGGAAUCUUCAUCUACGAGCUGUUAGAGAGAGCCCACCUGACCUACGACAGCAAGACGUCUGUCUAUGAAGCUCUGGAGCAGAUCAGCGGAUACCUGGCAGGACAAUCAGGAAUCUUCCUGAACAUCGGUGGACUGCAGAAGCUGGCUGAUAUCAUACAGCUGGUGUUCUGUGGUGAACCAUCAGAAAAGGAGCGACAGCAGCAGAAGGAGUUCAACACCACUCAUUUCAAGGUUCAUAUCCAUCGAGACAACAGCUAUCACAAGAAGAAACAGAGCGCCGAUGUGUGGGCUUCGUCUUCAUCCUCAUCAAAGAAACAAGGCAACGUUCUGAGUUACUGGUGCUUCUCUCCGGGCUUCAGCAUGCAGGAUCUGAAGAAUCAGGGUGUUCGCUGCAUCAUUCUGACCAGUGGGACCCUCUCUCCGCUGACCUCGUUCACCUCUGAGAUGAGGAUAGAGUUCCCCGUGAGUCUGGAGAACAGUCAUGUGAUUGAGCGGGACCAGAUCUUUGUGAGCGUCAUCGAACGAGGCCCAGAUGGCGUGCAUCUCAGUUCAGCGUUUGACAGAAGGUUUGUUCCUGAAAACAUGGCCUCUUUGGGAAACACUGUCGCCAACCUGAGCCGUGUGGUUCCUCAUGGCCUCUUAGUGUUUUUUCCCUCCUUCCCCUUAAUGGAAAAAACCCUGGACUUCUGGAGAGCUAACGGACACGCAGCUCGCAUUGAGAACGUAAAGCCCAUGUUUGUUGAACCUAAAGGAAAGGGCACCUUUAACGAGGUUAUUGACGGAUAUUACAACAAAGUCAACGAUCCGGCAUCCAAAGGGGGAACCUUCUUCGCUGUGUGUCGAGGGAAGGCUAGCGAGGGUCUGGAUUUCGCAGACACCUUUGGUCGGGGUGUCGUCAUCACCGGCCUUCCUUUCCCCCCAAAGAUGGACCCCCGAGUCGUCCUGAAGAUGCAGUUCCUGGACGAGAUGAGGCAGAAGAAAGCUCCUGGGCUGAAGUACCUGUCUGGGCAGGAGUGGUACAGGCAGCAGGCUUUCAGAGCUGUGAACCAGGCCAUCGGCAGAGUCAUCCGCCACAAGGAGGACUACGGAGCCAUCUUCCUGUGUGAUCAGAGGUUUAAGAGCUCUGAUGUCAGGGCUCAGCUUCCAUCGUGGGUCAGGCCUUACGUGCGUCUGUACGACAGCUUCGGGAACGUGGUCCGUGACGCCUCUCAGUUCUUCAGGAUCGCACAGAAAAUGAGGCCUGUGGUGGAGAAGAAGGCUGCAGCAGAGAGCUGUGGGACGGCGUGUCCAUCGGACACUCGGUCCUCUGGCUUCACGUCCUGCUCGUCCUCCCAAAGCUCCCAAAGCCCCCGCCCACAGAAGGCCAGGGUGCUGGACGCCCACCUGCCCAGCCUGAAGAGGAGGAGACUCGACGAACACGCCGGAGCCAAUGGGAUGGCCAGGAUCUGCAUCGAGUAUGAGCGCGAGGUGCAGGAGAGCCAGAGGAGGCCGGCCAGCCUGCUGGACGCUCUGGAGCGAGGCGAACACUGCGGCGCAGAGGACGCGGACGCUGUCGUGGGAGAGGAGAAGGCCAGCCGUUUGUCCACGCUGUCUCUUCAACACGACAAGAGGAUGGAUGAUGAACUGCGGGGAGGCAAACGGAAAAUCAAGCUGGUCCAAGAGCAGAGGACGAGCGUGUCGGAGGACGUGUCGGAGGAGGGCUCGGCCAGCAGGGCUAAGAAGUUCCUGGCGGAGAUGAAGAAGUCGCUGAGCCAGGUCAACUUCGACCGCAUCGUUCAGGCUCUGCAGAACUACAAGAAGACUGACAACCUGGACGUCCUGCUGACGGGGACGGCUGUCUUAACUGAAGACGCUAAUACUCACGGUCUGCUCCGGGGCGUCUACCAGUUUGUUCGCCCACAUCACAAAAAGAGGUUCGAUGAGCAGUGCCAGGAGCUGACUGGGCAGAGCUGUGGCUACAAACCCGACCACUCGCUGUCCAGGGACGAGAGGAAGGCGGCGCUGCUGCAGAGCGCUACAGGCAGACAGGCCGCCGUGGGUGUCGCCUCCUCCGGCGGGACGUCCGCCUGCAGCCAGCUGAACACGCAGCAGCUCAACAGAGGAGGACAGCACCUGAACCAGCAGGGACUCCGAGAGCCUCAGACCGGUUCCGCUGCGAAGAGCGAAGUCCACGCCGCCUUUCUGUCUGAUGUGAAAAAAGCCCUCGGAGCGGAGAAAACGGCUCAGCUGUUUCAGGCCAUUCACAGCUACAAGAAGACAGACAACUACGAGGACCUGGUGACCACAGUGGGGAGCUUAUUCACAGAGAGAGAUGAGGACUUCGACCUUCUAGUCAGAUUUGGGAUGGUUAUCCGCCCUCACCAUAAGAAGCGGUACAAAGACAUGUUGGAUGCUUUGAUAGGCCGGUCGGGCUCUGCUGCUGAUGUUCCUGCUCUGAGCGAAGACCAGCAAAGACCAGCGUCGUCGUCGUCACCUCCUGUGAAGACACAAAGCAAGAUUCACAGUUUUUUCUCAAGCAGCCAAAGAAAGUAGGAUCUGCGCUGCAGGAACGUUGUGUAUGGAUUUCAAAACGUCCACAUCUGUAGCUGCUGACAAGAGCCUGAACUCCCCAGGCUCCGGCUGAGCAGGAGGCUGAGCGCUGAAGCCGAUGGACUCGAAGUCCUGCAGCUGCUGACAACACUCAGCAGCUGCACCUCUGUCACUAGAUCACUAAUUUAAGAUGACACUAGCACAAGGGCCGGAAGGACUUUGCACUGCAGCUGUAAAUGAAAUGCCUGGUCUGUAUUUAAUUCAUGUCAGAAAAGUGAAAAUGUAACGUAUGAAGAAAUAAAAUGUUUUUAUAAUUUGUUUUCGCGAAUUAAAAUUCAUCAAAUGUG